AUGAUCUUUCUGCAGAGGCUUUGGGUCUGCAGAGAGCGAAUCCUGCUUUUCUGUCUUCUGGGAUCGCUGCGGGAGACAGGGGCCCUGCAGAUCUAUUACUCGAUUCCCGAGGAGAUUGAGAAGGGCUCUUUCGUGGGUGACAUCGCGAAGGACCUGGGACUGGAGCCCCACCAAUUGUCAGAGCUCAGAGCCCGCAUAGUCUCCGGAGGUAAGCAGCAUUUCGCUCUCAAUGUCAGAAGCGGCAGUUUAGUCACUGCGGACAGAGUAGACAGGGAGAAAAUUUGUCUUGGGAUUUCCAGGUGUCUUUUAAAUGUGGAGCUUUUAAUGGAGGGCACAGUGAAAAUUUAUGGCAUAGAAGUAGAAGUGACUGACGUUAAUGAUAAUGCUCCACGCUUCCGGACAGAUGAAGUAGAAAUAAAAAUCAAUGAAAAUGCAGCACCGGGUAUACGUUUUGGGCUUCCCAGCGCGAGGGAUCCAGACGAGGGGAUAAAUUCACUCCAAAGCUACCAGCUGAGCCAGAACAAUCACUUCUCUCUGAAUGUGCUAAGUGGAAUGGAUGGGGUCAAAUACCCGGAACUGGUGUUGGAACGGGCCCUGGACCGAGAGGAGGAAUCUGUUCAUCACCUCCUCCUCAAGGCCUCGGAUGGGGGAGAUCCAGGCCUCUCCGGCACUGCUCGAAUCCGCGUGCUGGUCUUAGACUCGAAUGACAACGUCCCAGUGUUUACUCAGUCAGAGUACAGCGUGAGUGUUCCGGAAAACGUUCCCAAGGGGAUGUUGCUGCUCCGGGUGAAUGCUACGGAUUCGGAUGAGGGAAUCAACGGGGAAGUGACAUAUUCUUUUCGGAACAUCGAUGACAAAGCUUCAGAAAUUUUCCAGCUUGAUCCCCAGACUGGAAAACUAUUACUUCUAGAAUCACUGGACUAUGAAGAAUCGAAAAUCUAUGAAAUGGAAAUUCAAGGGCAGGAUGGUGGUGGUCUUCUAACUAGCGCAAAGGUGUUGGUCAGAGUUCUAGACGUGAAUGACAAUGCACCAGAGGUGACGGUCACUUCUUUCACCAGUUCAGUCCCCGAAAACUCACCUCCGGGAACCGUGAUUGCCCUUUUAAAUGUGCAUGACCGAGACUCCGGGGAUAAUGGUCAUGUAACGUGUUCCAUCGCGGUUCACCUACCUUUUAAAUUAGAAAAAUCCUAUGCAAAUUAUUACAGUUUGGUAAUUGACAAAGCCCUAGACCGGGAACAGAUAUCCAUGUAUAAUGUCACAGUUACGGCCACAGACCAAGGAACUCCACCGCUAUCUACGUGCACUCACAUUCUCUUACGAGUAGAAGACACCAACGACAACCCACCCAGCUUUGGUCAGACAUCUUAUUCUACCUACAUCCCUGAAAAUAAUGCAAGAGGCGCUUCCAUUUAUUCAGUGACCGCUAGUGACCCCGAUACCGAAGAGAAUGCCAGGCUCACGUACUCCAUUUCGGACUACAUUCUCCAUGGGGCCUCUCUCUCCUCCUACAUCUCUAUCAACUCUGAGACUGGUGUCCUCUAUGCUCUGCACUCUUUUGAUUAUGAACAGUUCCGGGAUUUGCAGAUUCAAGUAACAGCCAAGGAUGGGGGAGACCCACCUCUCAGUAGCAAUGUGUCCUUAACUCUGUUCAUCCUGGAUCAGAAUGACAAUGCCCCAGAAAUCUUGUACCCUACCUUCCCAACAGAUGGUUCCACAGGAGUGGAAUUGGCUCCUCGCUCUGCAGAGCCAGGAUAUCUGGUGACCAAGGUUGUGGCCGUGGAUGGAGACUCUGGCCAGAAUGCCUGGCUAUCCUUCAGUCUGAAGAAGGCCACAGAGCCUGGGCUCUUCUUGGUGGGUAUGCACACAGGGGAGGUCAGGACAACAAGGGCCUUCCUGGACAAAGAUGCCCUCAAGCAAAGUCUGGUGGUAGCAGUCUCGGACAAUGGAGAACCACCUCUGUCUGCCACUAUCAGUGUCACAGUAGUCGUGGCUGAUAGCAUCCCCGAGAUCCUCUCAGAUCUCAGCAAUCUGAAGACUGCAGUGCAUCUAGAAGACGCAAGUCUCACUCUUUAUCUUGUCAUUGCAAUGGCAGUGGUGUCUUCUCUGUUCUUUGCCUUCAUCAUUGUCUUACUGGUGAUCAAGUUAAGAUAUUGGCAAAAUUCACAGCUGUUACAGUCCUCCAGUGGCCAAAUGGGUAACAUCCCACCCUCUCAGUUUGUGGACUUCGAUGGGGUCCAGGCUUUUCUCCAGACUUAUUCCCAUGAGGUUUCUCUCACCAUGGAUUCUAGGAAGACCCAGUUGCUUUUUCCCCAGCCCAAUUAUGCAGAUGCUUUAAUUAAUCCGCAGAGUUGUGAGAAAAAGGAGCCCUUGUUAGUAUCAGAGGAUUCAAGGUUUUCUGCCAGAGAUCCUGCUCUCAUUUCUGUGAGUUUCUUUCAUUUUAUCAACAAUUAUCUUAUUUCUUCAUUAUCUGCUAUGUUGGUUUUCAUUUUAAUUUCCUACAAAGAAAGUCCUUCCUUAUGA